AAGGCUCAGUGUAAAGUCGUUUCAGUGCUCGUUAUCAUCUAUGUUUGUUGAAGGGACUUAACAGAGGACCGCGGCAGUAUUGCGUCCAGCCCUCGAAAGGUACUAGGACUUGUAUUGGAAUGUUUUCGUGACGCUAGCUUUGGAUUCAGGAUAGGGGACUCUUUGGACCACCAUGUAGCACCACAGAUGCCCAAGCCCGGAGUUUGCUGGCGGUCAUUGGGUCAUAAAACUGGAGAAAAUGCUGCCCUCAGUGACAGUUGCCUUGGCCAUACUUGUGCUGAUGCUGUUUAAAGCGGUCACAUCUCAGCAGUAUUCAACCGAUCUGUGCAGCUGGAAGGGAAGUGGGCUGACGCACGAGUCUCACCUGAGGGACGUGGAACAGGUUUAUCUCCGUUGUUCUGAAGGGUCGUUACAGUGGCUCUAUCCAACUGGCGCACUUAUUGUCAACCUACGACCGAAUGUUUUGUCAUCUUCAUACAAAUAUUUGACUGUCUGCAUAAAACCCUUCAAGGACUCAAAAGGAGCUAAUAUUUAUUUGGAAAAAUCUGGAAAACUGAAGCUACUAGUUAGCGAAGAACUCCCUAACCCUAAUAAAGUGUACUGUUAUAGCAGUGACCAGGGAGUGCUAUUCAUUGAAGCAACACCACGACAAGACAUUAGUAGGAAGAUUACAGGCUUCCAGUAUGAACUUAUUAGUCAAAGAGCAGUCUCGAAUCUGUACACAGUUUCUGCAUCCUGCCGUCCUUGCAGUGAUACAGAAGUCCUGUUGGCUGCAUGCACUAGUGAUUUUGUUGUUAGAGGAGUCAUCCAAGGUGUGUCACAUGACUCUGAACAACAAGAGUCUGUAAUAGAUGUCAGCGUUGCUAGACUUUACAAGCAAAAAAGCAAAAUUUUUCAGCCUGUGCAGAAUGGUGUGAGGUGGCUGGGCAAAAUAAAAACACCACUGGAGUGCGGAGUAAGGCAAGGAGAGGGAGAGUUCCUUUUCACGGGGAGUAUGCACUUUGGGGAGGCCGGACUGGGCUGUGCCCCUCGUUUUAAAGACUUCCAAAAGAUUUACCAAGAAGCAAAAAGCAAAGGGUUAAACCCUUGUGAAAUUAGCACAGACUGAAAUGUGGGGAUAUUUGACUUUGGACCAGCUGCUAACUGUGCUUUGUUUUGGGGACUCUAAAGAGCCUAGACAUAAAGAACAUGGUACGAGUUACUCGAGGUUACAGUCUGGACAUGAACAGUAAAAGAAGAAACCACUCUAGCCAUGGGAAGGACUUUGGAGUGUAUGCCCGCAGAUGCUGCCAGUGCUUAAAUAAAGGAGACUUUGGCACUGGCUCUAAGUGUUGCCUAGCAACAGGACUCCAUUAAAAAUAAUUGUAAGGCUUUCAGUUCAGGACUAAGUUAUUUUAAUAAAAUGCACCUGGAAACUCUUUGUCUUAAAUGCAUCAUGGAAUGAAUAAUUCUAAAGCCCAAAUGUUGUUGUCUUACAAAACAUGUAAUAUUGGCCCCCAUGUAUGUUCUCUUAAGUUGUUUUGAAGUACAGCAAACCUUAAGGAGAAAUUAACAUCAGUGCUUUGUAAAAAGCUUGGUGUAAGUGUAAACUUGUUUCUUAUAACAGAAAUGUGUGAAGCCAAAUGAUUUUAAUAAGAAUGUACGUUGCAGUCUGUGAUUUUUUUCAGGCUGGUGUAUUGUUAAUAAAGACCCUUCCAGGGGAAUAAAUUCUCUGGAUUAAAUCCA